AUGUCCAGAUCUAGCUACAGUCCCAGUGCCAGUGUAAGCCAUGUCGAGGAUAGACUGUUGUCACAGGACAGUCCCCAGCCCCAGCAGUCCUCAAAUAAGCCCGUCCACAAUGCGGGGUCAAGUUCAGUGCGAUUUGGCAGAGUGUCUCUUGUCAAGUGCUGGCUCCUGGGUGUCCUUCUACUGCUCACAGUUGCCGCGAGCUGGCCCACGGGGACAUCGGCAGCGCCGCGCCGUCUUAGCGGUCGCCACCUUAUACUGCCCCACCGCCACCACGUGCACCAGCGCUCGGCGGACCGACAAUCAUUGGAGCAUAGGAAGAACAUCACCAUAGUGACGCCCGAGCCAACAUCGACUUUGCUCUGCCAGUAUCACAAGAGCGCCAUGUCAACGAUGAUAAGUCUGGACAAUGCCAAGAAGGUGGCCGAGAGGACUAUGGAUGCCAUCAUCUGUUUGUUCAGCCAGUGGUUGGACUACUAUUGGAAUGAGGAUGGCGUCACGCUGAACGGUGCGAUAUACGGCUACUCCUUACACAGCCUUAACCUAACGCAUCCGUUGCACGAGGAGACCAAAAAAGUCAAGUUCGACAAUGACACUAAGAGGUUUAUCUACGAGAAUCAGGCUGAGGUAGGGGAGGCCAGCGAGGAGCUGCCCAAGAUUGCCGAUGCCCUGAUGAUUGUGCGCCACCUGAUGUUGAACGUCACCAAGGGGCACAGCAGCUACAACUGCACCUUCGUGCAUAUCAUAGAAAAGCUAAGCCACAACCUUUAUAUGGCAGAAACAGCCAUGAAUAACCAGCUUUGCAGUAUGUCCAGCUAUACCUACACAAGCUCAUACCCAGACCAUAAAUUCGGGGUCACCUUGGAGGCUAUCAAGCUGCUGACCGUCGUCCAGCAGAAAUACAAGGUGCUGCUGGAAAAGCAGCGUGACGAAGAGGACCUCCAUUAAAAUCCGGGAGGCAUUUUAGCAGGCCUCCCGUCGGAUCGACCUCCUUCAAGUUCCAAGAAGCAAGAAUACCAAAAAGCAACCGCCACCAUCAAUCGUCUGCAGCGACAACCGCACCAACAAACGCCCCCUACCAGUAUGCCAUAUAAGUCUAUUUAAAGCUGCUAAAAAGGAGCUACUUAAAUCCAAUCUUCUCCUACGUAGUUAUUUAUUUUAUUUAAAUUAUGUCUUAUUUCAAUCCCAGCAUGUCCAUUCGUAUUUAUAUCGCUCUAUUUAUAUACAUAUUAUACACGCCACCCACUCACACAUGCACACACAAAUAAUCUUAGCCUCGCAGGCUCGAUCAACUAUGCAUACUUAGUUAUA